UUGUUCAUCAAGCCGGCCGCUAGACGUCGCUGUUUCCCGAGGACCGGAGCGUUGAGUCGUUUUCCGGUGACAGCAGCGGAAUGACAACAUCGACACUACUGGCCCUUCCAUUCCGGCCGACUUCAGCUAAACACCGACAAAAACAGGACGCCGUCUGCCUUUGGACUCCGGGCUCCGUGUCUGAGGCGUUUCUUCUAUAUGCGCCCCUGGGAGCAGCAGCAGCAGCAGCAGCAUGGCAGAUGACAAGGACGUGUUGAGGGACGUUUGGUUCGGCCGGAUCCCCAGCUGCUUCACCCUGAACCAGGACGAGGUGACCGACAGAGAGGCCGAGCCUUACUACCUGCUGCUGCCCAGGGUGAGCUACCUGACUCUGGUCACAGACAAGGUGAAGAAACACUUCCACAAAGUAAUGAGGGCCGAGGGCGUGGAGGAGAUGUGGUUCGAGUAUGAAGGGACGCCACUGAAAUGGCACAACCCGAUAGGAGUUCUGUUUGACCUCCACGCGUCCAACUCCGUCCUCCCCUGGAGCAUCACGGUGCACUUUAAGAAUUUUCCGGAUCGUGACCUCCUGCACUGCCCGUCCAGCUCCGUGAUCGAGGCUCACUUCAUGUCCGGCAUCAAGGAGGCCGACGCCCUGAAGCACAAGAGCCACGUCGUCAACGACAUGCAGAAGAAGGACCACAAACAGCUGUGGAUGGGCCUCCAGAACGAUAAGUUUGACCAGUUCUGGGCCAUAAACAGGAAGCUGAUGGAAUACACCAGCGAGGAGGGAGGCUUCAGAUACAUCCCCUUCAGGAUAUACCAGACGACGAGCGACCGGCCGUUCAUCCAGAAGCUGUUUCGUCCCACGUCACCUGAAGGCAGCGCGCACACACUGGGGGACCUGCUGAAGGAGAUGUGCCCGACGGCUUUACCGAGCGAGGGUGAGCCGAAGCGCUACCAGGUGGUGAUCCACGGGAUCGAGCCGCUGCUGGAGACGCCCCUGCAGUGGCUCAGCGAACACCUCAGCCACCCCGACAACUUCCUGCACAUCUGCGUCGUCCCCGUCCCCUCCGACUGAGACCCGCUGUCGCCGUGACGACCGCCCGGAGGGGGGAUGGCGGGGGGGGGGAAUAACUCUGAUCCCGGUGGACUCUGUUAACGAGAAGAAAGGUGAAGACGGACAAAAGGAUGUGAGGGAGGUGUUUACAUUCCUCCCCUUUCCAUCCCUCUAUUUAUAUCCCCCCCCCCCCCCCCCCACAGGGGACAGGAGGAUGAACUGUCCUUUUCUGCACCCCCCCCCCACCACCACCACCACCUCCUUACAAACAUCUCCGAGGGGGGAGAGGCGACGACGACGCGUGAUUGUUUGGGACUUUUUGGGGAGGCGUGUCCUGCUGGAGUUGCCUUAGUUACCAUCUUCAUGCAUUACACC